CGCCCGCAGGAUGGGGCGCGCUCGCUGCCCGGCCAGCCCGCGGCGGUCACACAGCGCAGCCAGCCCGCAGCCCGUGCGAGCAGCCAGCCCGCUCUGCCGCUUAGGAUGACUCGCUGGAAUCUGCCGCUAGUUCCUCUGUUGCUGAUAGCGGACGGAGAACAACCAAAAAGCUACACUGGACUAGACCAAGGGGAAGGAGGCAAGACACAUGACAAAAAUCAUAGAGUGAAAUAGCUGGAAUUCCACCCACUGGGAAAGGCUGGAUGGCAGAACCACUGUGCAAAGCUGCUGUAAAGAAAUGCAAAGAAACUAUGCCCCAGACGCCAAUAUUUUCCAGCAUGCUUGGUUCCAGUUGUAGUGGGCAAGUGCAGCCAGACAUGGGAGAGAGAUGUGUGGACCCUGUUUACCAGGAUGGGAACCUUGUUUCUGGAUCACUGGAGGCCUUGAUAGAGCGCCUGGUGCCCACCAUGGACUAUUAUCCAGAUAGAACUUACAUCUUCACUUUCCUACUGAGCUCACGAGUCUUCAUUCACCCACAUGAGCUCCUGGCUAAAGUGGGGCAGAUCUGCAUUAAACAGAAGCAGCAGCUGGAAGUGGGGACUGAGGCAGAAAAGGCAAAACUAAAAUCCUUCGCUGCCAAAAUCAUUCAGCUCCUGAAGGAAUGGACUGAAACUUUCCCCUAUGAUUUCCAAGAUGAAAAAUCCAUGAAAGAGCUGAAGGAGAUUGCUCACAGGAUCACACAAUGUGAUGAGGAAAAUGGAACAGUGAAAAAGAUCAUUAGCCAGAUGACACAGAAUCUCCUGAUGGCCCUUUCUGCACGGAGCCAGUACCAGGAAAUCAGAGAGAAAUUCCGGCAGCCUGUCACUGACAAGGGCACCAUCCUCAAAACCAAGCCCCAGUCAACCCAGAAGGACAUCCUGAGCGUGUGCUGUGACCCUCUGAUCCUGGCACAGCAGCUGACCUACAUCGAGCUGGAAAGGGUGAGCAACAUUUACCCAGAGGAUCUGAUGCAGAUUGUCAGCCACAUGGACUCCCUGGAUAAUCACAAGUGCCGAAGUGACGUGACCAAAACCUAUAAUUUGGAGGCCUAUGACAAUUGGUUCAAUUGUCUCAGCAUGCUGGUGGCUACAGAGAUUUGUCGGGUUGUAAAGAAAAAGCAGCGCACAAGAAUGGUGGAAUUUUUCAUUGAUGUGGCAAGAGAAUGCUUCAACAUUGGAAACUUCAACUCCAUGAUGGCUAUUAUCUCUGGCAUGAACCUGAGCCCUGUGGCACGGCUAAAGAAAACCUGGUCCAAGGUCAAAACAGCCAAAUUUGAUGUUUUAGAGCACCACAUGGACCCCUCCAGCAACUUCUGCAACUACCGCACGGCGCUGCAGGGCGCGGCGCAGCGCUCGCAGGGCGCCCACAGCAGCCGCGAGAAGAUCGUCAUCCCCGUCUUCAACCUCUUCAUCAAGGACAUCUACUUCCUGCACAAGAUCCACACCAACCGCCUGCCCAACGGGCAGAUCAACUUCAAGAAGUUCUGGGAAAUUUCAAGACAGAUUCAUGAUUUCCUGACAUGGAAGCAGGUUGAGUGUCCUUUUGAAAAAGACAAGAAAAUCCAGACCUAUCUACUUACAGCACCUAUUUAUAGUGAAGAAGCUCUGUUCAUUGCAUCCUUUGAAAGUGAAGGUCCAGAAAACCACAUGGAAAAAGACAGCUGGAAAACACUCAGGACAACUCUUCUUAAUAGAGCCUGAGAAAUUCGGAUCAGAUUUGCAGACUUCAAAGCACAUCUAAUGGACAUGUUUUUACAACCUGAAUGAAAGACUUGGACUGAGCUAAGAAAGACCUCACUGGAUGAGGUCUGUUUUGUACAUACAGUAACUUUUAUGAAAUAAAAUGUGGUAAAUAUUUCACACGUCAACCUUAAGGCACUUACUGAAGGGUUUUGGUUUUUUAUUUUAAAUAUAAGGGCAGGGCCCUGUUCUCAGAGAUGAAAUGUAUCAUGGGAGAUGGUAUCUUAUUCUAUCAGCAUCCAAAUUUUUAUUUUUUAUUACUUCCACCAAAACAAAUACAAAUUAAAACACACAUCCUAACUGAAGCCAGUGUUCAGGUUAAAUACCCCAUUGGACCAGUAUCCUGCAGAACACUCAGUAUGUCUCCCUAGCUUUGAAAUGAGGGCUCUCCUUCAAAUCAGCAGAAUUGUUCACAAGUGUUUGUUCCUCUCCUCCAUCAGCAAAUAGUGCCUUACAAGGUACUGAGCUUGUGUAGUUGUACCUUCUGACAGGGCUGGAAGUAAGGGAAAUAAAAAUAUGGAUGUCUCCAAACCAGCUACAAUGUACUUUUUAAAUAAAGUGGAGAAUUAUGGCACAUGAAGUAGAGUAUACCUGCCUGUAACACUGAUGGUGCAGCAAACCUAUUUUUGUUACGUGAUGUAAAGAGGUGAGAGGGGGUAACUGCUGGGUCUGUGUGUUUGUGUGUGAGUAUGUGUGUGUGCACUUGUGGGGAUGCACACAUGUCUAAGUGUUCAUACUUCUGGGAACUAUCCUUUACAUUCUGGCUGUCAGAAUAGUUUGUGUUUUCCUUUUGAAAAAUCAGGGAUUUUUUUUUUUUUGUUCUGUUUGAAGAGAAGAAUGUCUAACCUAGAUUAUAAUCUCUGCAACACAGGCCUAAAAUGCUUUUCUAAAAAGAGUCUUUGGAAAACAAAAAAAGUCAGCAUGGGCCAGGGAAGAAGGGGAAGUAAACUCAGAUGUCCAAUUUGAAGUUAAGGCUAAAGUUCCCAAAAACCUUAAGAAGAGUUCAUUGCUGUGAAUUGGUCAUUUAAUUUCAUUGGUUCCUUUGAAAAGUCCAGUCUGCACUUACAGACAA